AUGGGGGGAAUUGGCAAGACAACACUUGCACAGAUUGUCUACAAUGAUCCAACUGUGGAAAACCAUUUCCACUUAAGAGCAUGGGUUUGUGCCUCUGAAGAUUUUGAUGUUAAAAGAUUAACUAAGCAAGUUAUAGAAUCAAUAACUUAUAAUCAUUGUGAAUUGGACUUCAUAGAGUCACUUCAAGUUAGACUUCGAAAGAUACUGAAAGGGAGGAGGCUUUUACUUGUACUAGAUGAUCUAGGUUCAGAUCAUGAUGAAGAUUGCUGGUUGUUGUUCAAACAGCAAGCAUUUUCUAAUGGAAAGCCCCAUGAACAUCCCAACUUGGAAGCAAUUGGUAGGAAAAUUGUGGAGAAGUGCAAAGGACUGCCUUUGGCAAUAAAGACACUUGCAGGAUAUGUUAACCAUGGGAAAAUCCCUAGUGAUUUAUUUGAAGAAUUGAGAUUCUUACGAGUUCUGGAUUUAAGUUGGACUGAUCUCAAGAGGAUACCAGAUUCCAUUUGUGAACUGAAGCAUCUACGCUACCUCGAUCUUUCUGCAACUCGAAUUAGUGUUUUGCCUGAAUCAAUGUGUAACCUUUUCAAUUUACAGAUCUUGAGACUCAUACAUUGUUAUAAACUGCGUAAGCUACUUGAAAACAUGAGGAGCCUCAUCAAUCUGCAGUACUUAUUUGUAAGUGGUGAUUUUGGGCUAAAAGAAAGAUCUUUGAUACAAGAAACUAGAACAUUAGUGGUUCUUAAACAACCACGUGGAAUUGGGAGACUGACCUACCUCAAAACAUUGCCUUAUUUUGUAGUUGGGCAAGAUGAUGGUUUCAUGCUAGGGGAGCUCAAGACAUUGCAACAUCUCCACGGAAAGCUUAGCAUAUCAAAAUUAGAGAAUGUCACUGACAUGCUACAAGCAAAGGAAGCCAAUUUGAAGGAAAAGAAGAGGCUUAAUGAAUUAGAGUUUCAGUGGAGUGAUGUUAUCGGAAACCUUCAAGAUGGAGGAGAUACUGAUGCUGUGCUUGAAAGUCUACAACCCCACACAGGACUGAAGGGUCUCACAAUUAGAUCAUACCCUGGCAUAAGCUUUCCAAAUUGGAUGAUGAUGGGUUUGGUAUUACAGUGGUGUUCUCUGAGGAGGAGAAAGUGCCCCCAAUGCUUAAAGAUCUUAACAUCCGCAGUUGCCUACAAUUGA